AUGGACUCCCUAUUAUCGGCGCAUCUCGCCUAUCUGAGCAAUGCAGCUCAUCUACUCCGGGGGUCAGCGCCCGAAACAUCGGCCUACCUGAUGAGCCGCCGCAAUGAGGUCAUGUUCGCCCAUGAGAUCGAACAAACGGAACAUCAACGGCUUCACGUGUGUGGGUGCUGUGGCCAUAUCAUGGUACCGGGUCAAGGGACCACUUUGACCAUCGAGGCGGCAACGAAUGCCUUGCGGAAAUGGAGGAAGAGCCAUGCUCUUCAGGCAGAGCAACGCACAGCUGCCGCUCAACAACAAACUGAACAAUCAAAUCGGACGACGCGAGCUUCGGAAGAGAGGGGGCGAAUGCGGCAAGUAAUCCAAUGCGGUAGCUGUCAUCGUGCCACCACCGUUGUCGUCCCCAAACUUGCUAGGGGGGCUGGACACAAUGGCCGGGCCAAAGGCAAAAGCAAAGGAAAAGCAAAAUCUGCCGAAGUGGUCGAGAGUAAGCAAACCACCACAGAAAGUCUGACGACAAUCGCUGGGGAGAAGCCCGUGGGGAAGUCCAUUCCCACCACCUCGGUAGCGGCGAGAGCAGAAGAUGGAUCAAAGAGGUCCACGCCAAUGACGGGAGCAACAACAACAGCAACGAAGGCCAAUGCCAAUGCCAGCAGCAAGAAACGCGCCAAGCAGAGGAAAGCAGGGCUCCAAGCGUUGUUGGAUCAAGCACAAACCUCUUCCCGCAAUCUCAAUUCGACCAGGUGCCUGGGGAACGUUCUGGAAGCCGCCGGUGAUGACCAUCCCGUUUGA